UGUCCAAAGACCAUACUGGUUCAUCAAUCCAUGAUCGGUCAGUAAUUCCAGUGGGAGUUCUUAUCUUCUCUUCUUUCUUCCCGAAUUUUCCCGAGAGAUAGAAGAUUUUAUUUUGUCUAAAACAGGAAAGAACCAGCCCCUAUUCAUCAUUCACAUGACUUCAGAUUUUGCGUUUCAAGUUCCUGCUGAGCUCGAGACAGCUUUGCAAUUGAAGACUGUCCAGUACUUAGUUACACAAAGGCCAUGGCUCGAUCUCUAUGGAGUUAAUGUUCGACCUGUUGCACCAUAUGGGAGUGCAAGUAGAAGACAAAAUAAUGACCCUGCAUUGAUACACCGUUGCUUGCCAGAUGAACUGCUCUUGGAGGUAUUUUUCCGAAUGAAUCCAUAUGAUUUAGGAAGGGCUGCAUGUGUGUGUCGAAAAUGGAGAUAUACUCUUCGUAAUCCUGCAUUCUGGCGUACUGCUUGCUUAAAGGCUUGGCAGCUAUCUGGAGUGGUGGAAAACUAUAAGAUUUUGCAGUCAAAAUAUGAGAGCUCAUGGAGAAAAAUGUGGCUUUUAAGGCCAAGGGUUCGUACUGAUGGUCUCUAUGUAAGUAGGAACACCUAUAUUCGUGCUGGUGUAAGAGAGUGGAGCGUCACCAAUCCAGUUCAUUUGGUUUGCUACUAUCGUUACAUAAGAUUCUUCCCAUCUGGCAGGUUUCUUUAUAAAACUUCUUCUCAUACAGUGAAGGAGGUUGUGAAAUGCAUGAAUCUCCGUGCAUCUAAAGUUGAUGAUGUUUUUAGUGGCCGCUACUCAUUGACUGACGACAAGGUUGAAGCUGCUUUCCUGUACCCUGGACUGGGUCCAACAAUGUGGAAAGUCUGUUUAAGGUUAAGAGGAACAACCGCAGGUGCUAACAAUCGGAUGGAUAUACUCUCACUCGUUACUAGUAAAGUGGAUAGCAUGGUCAGUGGGCCUGAGGAGGACAUCAUUGGAGUGGUUGAGGACUUGCAAGAGGAUGAGAUUUCUCGCACAUCACACAAGAGAGGACUUGCACCUUUCGCAUUUGUUCCAUUUGAAGAGGUGGAGACAUCAGUUCUGAACCUGCCUGUGGAAAAGAUGGAUUAUUAUGUACCUGGCUAGUACCUGGAUCUUCAAUUUGUACAUAUGUAUGUAUUUAUACCUGAUUACAUGUAUAUAUUUGGUGCAUUCCAUUUUAUUUUGGCUUUUAAUGUUUUGCCUUCAUCUAUGAAUCGGAUGUGUAUGUCGAGUACCUGCUGAUGUAAAAUCUGUUUGAUCAUGUAUUCACUGUCCCUGGUUGAACAA